AAUAUGAACGUUUUUAUCUUAUAGCAAUUGUAGUACAAUUCGAACUUGGUCUUUAUCAGUUUUUUUUAUAUAAUUAUUGUAAGUGAUUUAUUCUACCAGAGAGAUUCUACUUGUUUGAUACUAACAAAGUAUUUGUUUUUAUGCAUUCCAUGAAACAUGUCUGAAGGUAAAAAGAUUAUACUUGUAACUGGUGGAACAGGACUAGUUGGUAAAGCUAUUGAACAUGUCAUCGAAACAAAUAAAAAUGAAAAUGAAAAAUGGAUAUUUGUAGGUUCUAAAGAUGCAGACUUAUGUGAUAAAAAGGAUACAGAGAAAUUAUUCGAGAAACAUAAACCUACACACGUUAUUCAUUUAGCUGCUAUGGUUGGUGGCUUGUUCCAUAAUAUGACUCACAAUUUGGACUUUCUGCGUAGGAAUAUUCACAUGAACGAUAAUGUAUUACAAACUGCUCAUGAAAAUGACAUUGUCAAGGUCAUAUCAUGUUUGUCAACUUGCAUAUUUCCUGAUAAAACAACAUAUCCUAUUGAUGAAACCAUGAUUCACAAUGGUCCACCACAUCCAUCAAAUUAUGGUUACAGUUAUGCCAAGCGUCUUAUAGAUAUUCAAAAUAGAGGUUAUUAUGACCAGUAUCAUAGAAUUUAUACUAGUAUCGUUCCAUGCAAUGUGUUUGGGCCAAAUGAUAAUUUUCAUCCCAGUGCCAGUCAUGUUAUACCAGGCUUAAUACGCAGACUUUAUGAUUUAAUAAAAGAUGGAAAUACUGAAGAUAAGGUAUUUACCAUAUUAGGUUCUGGGAAGCCACUGAGACAAUUUAUUUAUAGUUUAGACUUAGCUAACUUAAUAAUAUGGGUAUUGAGAGAGUAUAACUCUGUGGAACCAAUUAUAUUAUCAGUUGACGAAUCCCAAGAAGUUACAAUUUCUCAAGUAGCUGAGGCAAUUGCACAAGCUUUUAAUUUUAAAGGAAAGCUGGUAUAUGACACGUCUGCUGCCGAUGGGCAGUAUAAAAAAACAGCAAGCAAUGCAAAAUUACGAAAAUAUUUACCAAAUUUUCAAUUCACACCAUUUAAUCAAGCCAUUAAAGAUACCGUUGACUGGUAUAUAAAAAACUAUGAUCGAGCGAGAAAUUAGUAAACGUUGAGAACUAAUUAAUGUUUCAUUCACGCUAAUUUUGGUUCUGUACAAAAUUAGGAAAAUAAGAAGACCACUACUUUAAGCUUAUAUUGUACAAUGUAAUGUAAUAUAAUAUCUACGGCAGGAAGUGACGAAAUUAUA